AUGCAGAUAUCGUCAAGUUCGCAAGCUCAAAGUGGUCUGAGUCCGAACGAAAAACUGGAUUUGUGCUGUCGUAAAAGAGCCGUGAACCCGGCAUGCCAAUCAAUGUGCAAUUUCGACGUGCUUAACGAGAAAACGGUGGAUCAUAGCCAAUGCUGUGAGAAGUUCGGGCUGGUGACGUUUCAAGGUGGACGAUGUCUUGCGUUCUGCCGAGCUCAUACCGCUCAACCGACAAAUCCGUUUGAGUUUCUCCCGUGUCUUCAAGUCUUCGAGCUUAUUAAGACUUGCUAUCGUCAGUACCAAUCCACCCACAAAAACAUUUUUGGUGACUGA